GGAGGCUUGUUGUUUCCUCUCAUGUCGACAGAUCCCCAGCUUAUUACCCUAACGCCACAGCUUGAGAGAGGGAUAGUGUGAUCACACUGCCAUGCCACCUUGGAUCUGCCAGGCGAUGAUCUCCAAAUAAAGUGAAGACUUUUAUUCCAUCUUCCAGGAGGUUGCAUCGGAAGGAGUGGACACAAGAGGGGCGAGACAGGACGCGAACAGCCCUGUGUCGGAUUAUCGAGGGUCGUAUGGAUCUACUGCUAAUCCGCCCGGGAUCUGGUAGCAUGCUAGCGCUGAGCUUGCUGCUCGCUUGCACUGGCGUGGUGUUGGGACAGAACGAUACGGAACCCAUCGUCUUGGAAGGGAAAUGCCUGGUGGUGUGCGACUCGAACCCAUCCUCGGACGGGGCCGUCACCUCUUCGCUGGGAAUCUCGGUGCGAUCGGGCAGUGCCAAGGUGGCGUUCUCGGCCGUGCGCAGCACCAACCACGAGCCCUCGGAAAUGAGCAACAGGACCAUGACCAUUUACUUCGAUCACGUGUUAGUCAAUAUCGGGAACCAUUUCGAUAUGAGGAGCAGUACUUUCGUGGCGCCGAGGAAAGGGAUUUACAGUUUCAGCUUUCACGUGGUGAAGGUGUACAACAGACAGACGAUCCAGGUAAGCCUGAUGCAGAAUGGCUGGGCUGUGAUCUCUGCAUUUGCCGGGGAUCAGGAUGUGACGCGGGAGGCGGCCAGCAACGGAGUGCUCUUGAAUAUGGAGCGAGAGGACAAAGUCUACUUAAAACUUGAAAGAGGCAACUUGAUGGGCGGGUGGAAAUACUCGACGUUUUCUGGCUUUUUAGUAUUUCCUCUAUAAAGGAUAAGCAACCCCUCCCCCCGUACAGAAGGGCAAAUCGCCGUGUACAUUCUCAAUAUUACGACGGAGCAACACGAUUCUUGAGCCAAAAUCACCUAACUGCCGCGUAGGGGCUGAGCGGUUUCCUACCGAUUAGAAUAAUUUAUUUCAAUACUGACAAUUGCCUUGAGCAAGUAGGUCGGAUGGACUGCACUUAUCAAGUGAAUUUAUUGACAAGGCCAAAUUCUGGCUGGAAGAUAGAAGAUGGAUUUUCUUCCGGGAGGAUUACUGAUGGGACGAGUCAACCCUUCGUGAACAACAGCGUAUUGGCCAACUUGAUGAUCCAAACUGCAUAAUAAGAUAUAAAAUAAAGAAGUUAGGGUUUUGAUUUAAAUGUUCUAGCAAUGCUUUCUUUUGUGUUCGUAUAUAGCCUUAAGUAAAGAACAAGUCCAAAUUCAGUGGCGUGUUUUCUUUUGAGAUUUGGGGAAAUUCAUGUAUCGUUUCUGUGGGUGAGCUCGUUUUGAAGAAGUGCUUCAUUACAAUUCUUUGCAGGAAUCGGACGCAGCUCCUGUUCCUUCUCUUUGUGUUGUGGUCGGUGUUCUAUGACCUUUGGGUGCCGGCAGAAUAACCUAUAGACUAAUAACAACAAGACUUACAAACGGAUGGUUAUAAUAAAUGGACCCAAUUAUUUAUUGAUGUGCUUUUUUUUAUCAUCUGUCAAUCAGUCCUCUGGCGCGCACGCAGGUAUCUCUCCGCGCAGAGGCAACAAGAGUUUAGCAGUGUUUGUUCGUGUCAAUAUGCA